GUGUGGAUGGUGGUUGACAGUGGGCCGGGCUGUGGCGGGGAGGGCCGGGGCGGGGAGCCGGGUGUGGGAAGCGUGGCGGCCCCGCCCCGUCUCCUGGACCAGCCGUGGUAGCCAGCGCCGCCGCUGCCGCAGGGACCGGCGGACGCAGCGAAGGCGUACGGUGCGGGCCCGAAGUUCCCUCAGAAAAACCACACAACUCCCCAGCCUACCAUGGCAGACGAAAUUGACUUCACUACUGGAGAUGCAGGGGCUUCCAGCACUUACCCUAUGCAGUGCUCAGCCCUGCGCAAAAACGGCUUCGUGGUGCUCAAAGGACGACCAUGCAAAAUCGUGGAGAUGUCAACUUCCAAGACUGGGAAGCAUGGUCAUGCCAAGGUACACCUUGUUGGAAUUGAUAUUUUCACUGGCAAAAAAUAUGAAGAUAUUUGUCCUUCCACUCACAACAUGGAUGUUCCAAAUAUUAAGAGAAAUGAUUAUCAACUCAUAUGCAUUCAGGAUGGUUACCUUUCCCUGCUAACAGAAACUGGUGAAGUCCGUGAGGAUCUUAAGCUGCCAGAAGGUGAAUUGGGCAAAGAAAUAGAAGGAAAAUACAAUGCAGGUGAAGAUGUGCAGGUAUCUGUCAUGUGUGCCAUGAGUGAAGAAUAUGCUGUGGCCAUAAAGCCCUGCAAAUAGACAGGAUCUUCCACACAAGCAGGGCCGUUAGGUCUGGAUCUAGUUGUCCCAAAGCUAUAGCCUUCAUAAGCAACCUCAUGUUUUAUUUUUGUUAUGUUUCUAUCAUUUUGAAAUUGUGCUGGCUUAGUUUUGCAGGCAGUUAGUAACUUUAAAAGAAUAUAUCAAGGUGUAUAAUUUUAUAAAGUGUCUUUCCUAUAACAUUCCUCUGGUUUCUAGUGUGUGACCAUAAGAAACAGAUACAGUAGCUUCAGUACAUGUCACUCGUCUAACAAAUCACUCCUGGAGUUAAGUGGUUGCCAAACCAGGGUUUUAAAUCAACAAUGUAGCAUCUAGUGGAAUGGAAAUUUUAUGCAUUUAAGUUGAAUUGUUCUUUGCUGAUUUCAGACUUCAUAUCUAGAAUUUACAGAUUAUAAAAUGGAAUUGUCAAAGCUCCAGCCCUGUGUGGCUAACACACUUCCUGAAACUAAACUCAUCAAAAAAUGGUGUUCUCUUGGUGGCCAGGUGUCCCAUGUAGCGCCUGCAUCAUGGCCUCCUUUCCAGACUGGUGACAGACCUAUGCCAUAGUUUAGUCUGUUGUGGUAAUAGGAACUAGAACUGCCAAGAGAAUCUGAGUAAGUCAAACAGAGCUGAAGAAGACCUGGGACAGCGGCCAAGAAGGGGGAGAGACUGUGGGUUUUAUUUAAGACCUCUGUGAUCAGCAUAUGAAAUAGAGUGAACUCUAGUUGUAUUUUUGCUUUUGGCUAUGUCCCCAUCCUGUGCCCUAGAAGGACUGGCCUUACAGGGACUCUGCACGACCUCCAGCCGUUAUUUGUGAGUGUUCAUAAUGUUGGUAAGCCAGCUCUUCCCACGAUUUUUAAAGUAGAUUUAUUUUUGACAUUAGUCUAAAAUUAGGAAUUAAGUUGUUUUUGAAUUCUUGACUUGUAAAUGUAUGUACACUUUUCUAAAGUGGAAUAGAGGUAAACCAUGGAAGAAUUAUUUUAAGUGUCUCUGUAUAUAUAUAUUGUUCUCUUAUGAUUUCUGUUACAGAUAUAAAAUCUAACUAGGAAAAGAUUUUGUGAACUAGAUUCUAUUAAUAUGUUGUAUGCAUGCCCUUCCAUUUUUGUUUAGACUUUUGGAUUGUGUGCAGAUUAUGUCCGGAAUCAUAGACAUAGUUCUGUGUUUUUGAAGAAUUCUGACACAAUCACAGUCAUCGUAUUGAAGUACAGCCUGGAACAGACUCCUGUAACGCCCUGGCUAUCGGGUCCCUUUCACCUUGCCUAGCCCCCAGAGUGCUGUGCUCCCGUCUAGAGCAGAGAGGACGGUGCAGCCGACCCAGUCAGCAGUUUAAAUUGCCGUGGAAAUGCGAGAGCCCACGAUUUUAGUUGCUUAAUUUGUAUGCAAUUUUAAAUUGUGUCUUGACCUCCACAAACCAAUCCAGAGAAGAAAGAUACUAUAAGAGAAGUGCCGGGAAGAGACUUGCAAAGCACAAGAAAUAUUGAAGUUGUAGCCAGUGGACUUUAGUGUGACCUUUUAGCGUUUGUCCAUGCAAACCACAAUUAGCAAUUCGACUGGAAUCUUCUACAAGUAUCUCCUUUAGAUUUCUGGUGUUCUCAUGUGUACCUUAGUUGAACUGAUUGAUGUGUUAUCCACAAGAAUUCCAAAAACUAUCUAUGCUGUUUCGUGGUCAUCAUCUAGCCAAUUAAUAACCACAUUGGUGUUUUGAUUUAAUAUUACUUUAGGACUAGCAUGCCCUUGUUCUUUGUAACUUGUCAAACCUCACAGGAAUCUCUGUUUUCCUUUGCAGUGGAAGGGUGAAGAGCAAUAUAUGUCUAACUCCAUACCUUGAAUGGCAAAAGCUACUUAAGCCGAAGUAUUUCCCCCUCUCUCUCCUCUCUCUCUCUCUCUCUCUCUCUCUCUCUCUCUCUCCCUCUAGCAUUUUGUGAGUUUUGCUUUAUUUUCUCAAUGCCCACGUGGAAUACAGCAAACAUUUUACAGAGCCGUGUGUAACUUAUCCCUGUUAGAAAUACAAUUCAUUAUCUCUGGAUAUAGACCAGUAUUUUUCAUGUUAAAGACCAUACCAUUUGGAGUUAUGUUGGUUUUUUAAUUUUUAAAGGCACAUCACAUCAGGUUCUGCCACCAGCACCCACCUUCUGUAUUACAAUAGUGUGGCCUAAUCAUCUAUUGUGGAUUGUUAAUUCUCACAUCCUUCAGAAACUUCUUUCUUCCUAUAAAUUUCCUUUUUGUCCAUCACUAUAAAUUUCGUUUUGCAUGUUGGAGACCUCAAGACUUAACAUAAAUUCCUAAUUGUGUUGUAACUGAGGGCAUUCUUUAUUAAGUUCAUUUGUACCAAACUUUGGCUGCUACAAAAAUGACUUAAGAGAUCCUGACAGCAAGCAGGGGUUAAACCGCAGUUUUCCAAUCCUCGCCUCUGAAUGUGGCAGUUUGAAUUUUUUAAAGCAUCACACAGAUUAUGCAGGCCAGCGUCCCUUAAGUUGUUGUUCUCAAGGUGUAGGCUCCACAGGUGUGGGUUGUUUGCGAGAACAGAAGGCAGAUCCAGGUAACUCUCACUCGUGAGAGCACAGCCCAUCGACCCCAGCUCUUGAAGAGUGCUGGGCGCUGCUGAAGGACGUGACACAGAAACUUUAUCCCGCUGGACUCGGACAGAGCAGUGGAGAGCAGCUCACUACACAGGCUCUGGAGAGUACUCCAUGGCUGUUUCAGGGCAUCGCUGAGAAGUUCUGUUCCUCAAAGACUGAUGACGGAACAGACUACAGAGCUGUAAUAAAGGAAAAGUUUUCUAUUAUAUGGGAUAAGAACUCUUUGCUUGGAGAAUCUGCAACUUCAUAUCAGGGAAUUACUCAGAAAGACCAAAAGCUGUUGGAGAGUAUGUUUGAUAAGAAUAUCAACACUUUCAAGAUGUGACAAACAGUCAUCCUUUAUGGAGAUGCUGGAGUUGGGAAGACGACGUUGUUGAGAAGGCAAUGUUAGAAUGGGCCGAUGGGAAUCUCUUCAAGAAGUUUGCCUAUGUUUUUUAUCUCAGUGGGAGAGAAAUUAGUCAAGCAAAGGAGAAAAGCUUUACAAGUUAAUAUCCGAGAACUGAAGUCCCCCAUUGGACAGAUCCUGUCCGAGUGCCGAAAUCUCCUUUUCGUGAUGGAUGGUUUUGAUGAGCUGGACUCAUUUGAAGAGCCAGAGUUUGCACUAUGUAAUGACUGGAACCAGGAGCACCCAGUGCCCUUUCUUCUUAGCAGUUUACUGAGGAAACUGAUGCUUCCUGAGUCAUUCCUGUUAGUAACAGCAAGAUCCACAGCAUGGAAGAGCCUGGUGCCCUUGUUACAUAAGGCUCACUGUGUAAAAAGCUGCCCGGACUGUCUGAGAUUGCAAGGGUGGACUGCAAUAAGACAUGGGCUAUGGAUGCGAUCUAUUCAAUAAGGAAGAAUCCGCGACUUUUCCACAGGUGCCAUGUCUGCUGGGUGGUCUAUACUUGUCUGAAGCAGCAAGUGGAGAAAGGUGGCGAUAUCACAAUGACCUGCCAAACCACCACAGCUCUGUUCACAUGCUAUCUGCAGCUCAUUUUCACGGCCAGAUGGGCGCUCUGCUACUCUGCCCAAUGAGACCCUCCUGAGGAGCUGUGCCAGGCAGCUGCUGACGGGGUUUGGACUAUGAAGCAUACACUCUACAAGACAAAUCUCAGAAAUGACAUCUCAGUCUUCACGGAUGCUCAGUACUUCAUUUUAAAUACUGUAUGAAGUGUACAUACUCCAAUAUGUAAGUAUAGAUUUUAAAGAUACAGAACUGUUUAUUUUCACAUAACUCAGUAGUGUUUCUCUUAGAGCAAAGUAUUUCGUUUAGUAAAGCUUUACAAAUUAUAUUGAAGGGAGGCAGGUAACAUAUAUUUCUAACAUAAAACAGAAGUUCCUUCUUUUUGACAGCAGAGAAAUGCUAACAGUUAGUUCCUAGUAUGUGCUGUACUUUUUGUUUCUCAGGCACCAUGUAGAGAAUGGAGACUCAUUCAUGUCACCGCCAAUUUGUGUCUGUAACCUUUUCUUUCUCUGUCCUGUGUAGACAGUACUAGCAGGUUGAAUGUUUUUGUUCUAGAAGAGAGGCUUUAUUUCUACUGUGAAGAUUUUGUUACACUGGUGCAGUCAUUUGCCCUCUGACCUGUCAGACCUUUGGGCUCUAACUUGGCCUUGGAAUCCUUGAUGCCCUGGGGCGCUGCCAGUCACUUGAAGUGGUUACCAACCAAGCUCUUGACUCUGUUCCCCUUCAUAGUACAGAUUUCUAUGCCAGUGCUUUAUAGCAGAGACCAAAAUCCUUGAGGCCAGAAGAUACGGCGAUAUACAUCGAUAUUUAAAAAAUUUGGGGACACAUGCUUUCCAUUACCUCAUCAGGUGACUGUGUGUACACACACAGCUUUGUUCUUUUCUCAAAGUCCUUCCAUCUACUGAAGUACUGUAGUCUGUAGUGCCUCAAAAG